AUGGGACUGAGGGAGGCCAUCGAGGACCCCACAAUGACGUGUUUCACCUGCCCUUGCCAUCUGCAGCCCGGCCUCAGCAUGUACCUGCGGGACCAGAAACUGGAGAACCACAGUGUUGUGGAGAGAGCAUGUGUUUUGGGCCACUUUGACAUGUUGGAGCUGUUUUUACAGAACGGCUGCAGUGCUAACCUGCCCACCAGUCAUGGUCGACUCAUUCAUACAGUUUUAACAUCGCUGAAAUCCCAUCGGCAUCUCAUCGAGAAUGGCAUGGCAUUAAACAUAAUCAAGCUAUUAAUAACAAGAGACUGUGAUGUCAAUGUGAAAGACUACCUUGGGAAAUCCCCGCUGCUGCUGGCCGCUGAGCUAGCAGACGCUGAUAUCAUGAGGCAGAUUUUAAAAUGUUGCCUUGACUGGCAGUUGACCUGCCCAAGCCGAGGUAACGGCCACACCCCACUCCACAUGGCUUCUAUGAAUGGCAGUGUUGAGUGUGUCUCUCUUUUAUUGGUGAGAUUAAGCGCAGAGGAUUUGAAUGCAGAAGACAGACAGAGCUUUACUCCACUACUGUGCAGUCUGAUAAAAGUAAGGAACAAUAUGGCAUUCCAUAACAUCGAUGGAACAAUCGACAGUAAACUUUUACAGGUGCAGUACAGCCAUGUUGCCAUUAUAGAACUGCUUUUAUCCUCGGGGGCCAAAGUAUCAAACAACCUUACUACUCCGUUUACUCAAACAAAAUCCCGCAGCGGGCUGCACAUCGCUCUGGAAAUAGUGAAUCAGUUUGAGUUGAAAAAACGUUUACAGAAUUUGAGAUUUUCCAAUGAGAUGUUGGUGGAUGCAUUUUCUGUGCAUGUGAACCAGUUGACAGAUGAUGCAGAAGGCGACAAGAAGUUGCUGUCUCCUUAUGCCGAAAUAGUCCGUAUGUUGGUGUAUUACUGUGGUGUGAGUCCUUAUGAGACAGAAGAGCUACUGCUUCUGAGAAACACAUAUCCUUGUGUUUCUGGUUUAUUACGUGAAAUAGAUGAAUAUGUUCAAAGGAGAAAGUUACCUGGUGCUAUGUGUCUGAGUCUGUUAAACUCUGCAAGGGUAGCUAUACGCUUGCACAUAGCCAGAUGUGAUAAGCUUUCUUUGCUGGACCAGCUUCCUGUACCACACAAACUCAGGGAUUAUGUGAAAUUUGUAGAUUUAUAG